AAUGAAAAAGUAAAAACAUUUAGAGCCAAAAAGGAAAAAGAAAGCAGCAGGAGACAAGAAGAGCUCCUCCGCCGGGGCCCACCGCCUUCUUCCGCCGAAAUCUUUGGUUCUCCGAUCCACAGCUCCGUCCAAGUUCCUUCCUUUGCGUCCCGGUUUCCUCUCCCCCGAUUCGCUCUUUCGCUUUGAUCAGUUCGAGACCGCUGUUUGCUUCGUUUUGGUUUUUGCUUACGGGAAGUGGCUCCAUGGGCUCGAAGCCUUGGCUACAUCCAGCCCCGAUGUAUCGAGCCCUAGAGACGUUCUGGGACACCGAAGACGACGCGCCUGGUCCGAGAUGUGGUCAUACUCUCACGGUGGUUGCAGCCACCAAGACUCACGGCCCUCGACUCAUCCUGUUCGGCGGUGCCACCGCCAUCGAGGGCGGGAACUCCUCCACUCCCGGGAUCAGGUUAGCGGGUGUUACCAAUUCGGUACAUUCUUACGAUGUGCUCACUAGGAAGUGGACAAGGCUUAAACCGGCUGGCGAGCCUCCUUCCCCGAGGGCUGCUCAUGCAGCAGCUGCUGUCGGCACCAUGGUCGUUUUCCAGGGCGGCAUUGGUCCUGCCGGCCAUUCUACCGAUGAUCUAUACGUUCUUGACUUGACGAAUGAUAAAUUCAAGUGGCACAGAGUGGUGGUUCAAGGACAGGGUCCGGGGCCUCGCUAUGGCCAUGUUAUGGAUUUAGUUGCCCAGAGGUAUCUUGUGACAGUGAGUGGAAACGAUGGGAAACGAGUUCUUUCGGAUGCUUGGGCAUUGGAUACUGCUCAGAAACCAUAUGUGUGGCAGAAACUGAAUCCGGAUGGUGACCGACCAAGUGCUAGAAUGUAUGCUACUGCUAGUGCACGCUCAGAUGGUAUGUUUUUGCUUUGUGGUGGAAGAGAUGCCUUGGGCGUGCCACUCGCAGAUGCUUAUGGGCUGCUAAUGCAUAGAAAUGGUCAGUGGGAGUGGAAUCUCGCUCCAGGUGUGGCUCCUUCUCCGAGGUAUCAACAUGCGGCGGUUUUUGUUGGUGCAAGAUUGCAUGUCACAGGGGGUGUUCUGAAAGGAGGCCGCCUAAUAGAUAGUGAAACAGCUGUUGCAGUGCUUGAUACUGCUGCUGGAGUGUGGUUGGAUAAAAAUGGGCUAGUAACUUCUACUCGUGGUGGUAAGGGACCAACAGUUCAUGAUCCAUCUUUAGAAGUGAUGCGACGCUGCCGUCAUGCUGCAGCUUCAGUUGGAAUCCGCAUUUAUGUGCAUGGUGGUCUUAGAGGAGAUGUUUUGAUGGAUGAUUUUCUAGUAGCAGAAAAUUCUACAUUCCAGUCAGACAUCACUUCUCCAAUACUAGCAUCUGAUGGAACCCAACAAAUUUCUAGUCCGAAGUUUAACAGUUCCAGUUUCACUACUUAUGCAACAAGAUCCCCUACUGAUUCUGAACCAGCGACCCCAUCAUCUGGGGCAUUCAGCAUGGACAACAACUCCAUGGAAAAGUUGACAGAAGCUUCUGCGGCUGAAGCAGAGGUAGCCAGCACUGUAUGGCGAGCUGCACAAGCAGCAUCAGCUACUUCUGCUGAAGAAAGUUCCGAAUCAGAUGCCAACUCGCCGGCUGUGGAAACAGCUUCUGAUGGUAGUGAAACUGGAGCAGAUGUCCGGCUUCAUCCUAGAGCUGUUGUGGUUGCUAAGGAGACAGUUGGAAACCUGGGUGGGAUGGUAAGACAGUUAAGCUUGGAUCAGUUUGAGAACGAGAGUAGGCGGAUGGUUCCCAUGAAUAAUAGCGAUGUGCCUCAGCCCACCAAGAAAUUCACCAGACAGAAGUCUCCUGAGGGGUUGCAUAAAAAGGUCAUCUCUACACUGUUGAGACCUCGAAACUGGAAACCUCCUGCCAAUAGGAAGUUUUUCUUGGAUUCUUACGAAGUUGGGGAACUCUGUUAUGCAGCUGAACAAAUAUUCAUGCAUGAACAGACGGUUCUUCAGCUCAAAGCUCCUGUUAAAGUUUUUGGAGAUCUCCAUGGGCAGUUUGGUGAUUUAAUGCGGUUAUUUGAUGAAUAUGGAUUUCCCUCUACUGCUGGAGAUAUCACGUAUAUCGACUACUUAUUUUUGGGGGAUUAUGUUGACCGAGGGCAACACAGCCUGGAGACCAUAACUUUGCUGCUUGCGCUGAAGAUUGAAUAUCCAGAGAAUGUACACCUCAUUCGUGGAAAUCAUGAGGCCGCUGACAUCAAUGCAUUAUUUGGUUUCCGUCUUGAAUGCAUAGAAAGAAUGGGGGAAAACGAUGGGAUAUGGGCAUGGACGAGAUUCAAUCAGCUUUUCAAUUAUCUUCCGCUUGCUGCACUCAUCGAAAAGAAGAUUAUAUGCAUGCACGGCGGCAUUGGGAGGUCCAUAAAUUCAGUGGAACAAAUCGAAAAGAUUGAGAGACCCAUAACAAUGGAUGCUGGGUCCAUAGUUCUGAUGGACUUAUUAUGGUCUGAUCCUACAGAAAAUGACAGCAUCGAGGGUUUGAGACCGAAUGCUCGAGGACCCGGUCUGGUCACUUUUGGGCCUGAUAGGGUGACGGAUUUCUGUAAGAAGAACAAACUACAGCUAAUUAUUAGGGCGCAUGAAUGUGUAAUGGACGGAUUCGAAAGGUUUGCACAGGGACAGCUCAUUACUCUUUUCUCCGCGACAAACUACUGCGGAACGGCAAACAACGCAGGAGCAAUUUUGGUGGUCGGGAGAGAAUUGGUGAUUGUUCCAAAGUUGAUUCAUCCUCUUCCCCCGCCCAUUUUAUCCCCCGAGAAUUCUCCCGAGCGAUCCAUGGAUGAUACAUGGAUGCAGGAGCUGAACAUUCAGAGGCCUCCUACCCCGACCCGAGGCCGGCCCCAGCCUGAUUUUGACCGUAGCUCGCUCGCUUACAUUUGAUUUGAUCCAACGGUUUCAAUUUCGAACGAAGUAUACGCGGAUGGGAUGGAUAUCUGGUGAGAUGCAGUGUUCGUAUGGGGUUCAAGUGUGUAACUUUAACAAAAGCUUACAAGAGAGGAGAAAUGGUGUGGUAGUAUGCCCAUCAUCAUCAUCAUCAUCAUCAUCAUCAUCAUCAUCAUCAUCAUCAUCAUCAUCAUCAUCAUCAUCCGUUUGGUUGGGGGGUUCCUGUCGAGAAAUAAAGGCGUUGUCGGCGUUGCAGGAAGUUCGUUUCGACCAUGUGUUGCACUAAAAUGGCAUGUAGGGGACAAUGUUUUCCGUUUGAAUAAUCACAUUCUUUUAUACUUUACCUUACUGUUACCGAGUAACGAAAACCAUGUGAUUUAUUCCUUCCCAAUAAUUAAAUAAAAAAUAAAUUAACUUUGUUUA